GAACCUCGAGCUUCUGGAAGCUGGUCACGCCAGAGCCCAGCAAGAAGAGGCCCGCGUCGGGCUUCCACCCGGUGGACCUGCCAGACAGCGGCGAUGACCACGCGGUGCCCGCCUCGCCCGUGCCAGCGGCCUCCUCCGCGUGCGUCUCUCCGGCCUUGCCCGUGGCCGCGCCUGCGCCGGGGGCGCCCCCGGCGCCGCUGGUGCUGCCGGCGGGCGGCCCCUCAGCGGCCGAGCGGGCCGCGGGCUCCUCCCCGCAGAUGCAGGAGCGCGUGCAGCCGCUGGCGGUGUCGCAGCAACGGCCGCCAGCCUCCGCUGGUGCGGAGGCUGCCGCGCCGGACGUGGCCGUGGCCGCGGCCGCCGAGGGGGAGCAGGCGGGCGGCGCCUCCGAGGAGCACGCGGAGGAGCACGCCUACUUCGGGGAGGUCGACGAGGACAGCGACGGAGAGGACCGACGAGGACUUCUUCUCGGUGGUCUCCCGCAGCAGGGGCGGCUCGAGCCCGAGGCCCC